AUGUUCUCCUUUGUUCAAAGAUUUCAGAAUGUAUCGAAUCAUGCCUUUUCAUUAGGGAUUGUAAUUGUUGUGUUUAUCAUGGCAUCUUCCUACUACCAGUUAAUCAAUAACAGCGCGUUCUCCCUACCUAGUGAUAUUGACAAUGUGAAGACACUAAUCAACGUAAGAACAAGUAGAUACUUCGGCUCACAAAGAGGCAAGCCAAAGGAGAAUAUGAAGAUUAAAUUCGACCUAAAUACAGAUUUGACUCCCCUAUUCAAUUGGAAUACAAAGCAGGUAUUUGUCUAUUUGACUGCCGAAUAUAACAGUAGUGACAAAAUAGCCAGUGAAGUCACUUUUUGGGAUAAGAUCAUAAAAAGCAAGGAUAACGCCGUAAUUGAGGUAAACGAUUUAAGGUCCAAGUAUUCUAUUUGGGAUAUUGAAGAUACCAAGUUCGACAAUAAGGACGUAGUUUUCAAAUUACAUUGGAACAUUCAACCAUGGGUUGGCUUGUUAACUUACGGCGAAACAGUAGGUAAUCAAACGGUCACCGUAGAGAAUCCAGAAAAAGUUUAA